GCAAAUCCAGUCCCCCUCCCCCAAUCACACAGCUCAGUUGCAAGCACAAGGCGCAACACGACCAUUCCCUUCCUUCCUUCCAGCCCACUCUCUCGAUUCAUCCAUUUCAAAACCAAAACCCCCAAUCAGCAUCACCCCACCUCACCCCGGAUCAAAUCCACCACCGAGAAAUUCCGGAAUAAACCCGAGAGAGCCCGGCGAGAAGGGUCAGCGCAAAAACCCUAGCCAGCUAGCUCCCCAUGGCGGCCAACUCCUCCUCCCCGUUGGCCGGCGGCGACGCGCCGGCCCCGGCGCUGCCGCCGGUGCGGCUCGCGGCGGGGCAGGCGGCGACGAUCCAGCCCUCCUCCCCGCGCUACUUCUUCUCCUCGCUCGCCGGCAAGGACGCCUCCUCCCACCGCCGCAUCGCCAUCGCCGUCGACCUCUCCGACGAGUCCGCCUUCGCCGUGCGGUGGGCCGUGCAGAACUACCUGCGGCCCGGCGACGCCGUCGUGCUCCUCCACGUGCGCCCCACCUCCGUCCUCUACGGUGCCGACUGGGGCUCCAUCCCCGUCUCCGUCUCCGACGACGACGCGGACGACGCCGCCGUCGCCGCCGCCGCCGAGGGCUCCGAGCCCCACGCCGCCUCCUCCGCGGAGGAGCUGCAGAAGAAGCGGGAGGAGGACUUCGACGCCUUCACCUCCACCAAGUCGCAGGACCUGGCGCAGCCGCUCGUCGCCGCGCAGAUCCCCUUUAAGAUCCACGUCGUCAAGGACCACGACAUGAAGGAGCGCCUCUGCCUCGAGGCCGAGCGCCUUGGCCUGUCCGCCAUGAUCAUGGGAAGCCGCGGAUUCGGGGCCUCGCGCAAGGGCGGCAAGGGGAGGCUCGGGAGUGUUAGUGAUUACUGUGUGCAUCACUGUGUCUGCCCGGUUGUGGUUGUUCGCUACCCAGAUGACGCUGCAGGUAUCCCCGGGGAGGCAGCAGCAGCAACAGAUGAGCUGCACACCGUGCCUGAGGAUGAGCCCGUGUAUCAUGAUGCGCCUGACGCACACAAAGAGAACUGAGGCAAUGGCAUCCAACCGGAGCGCAAGGAAACCAUGAGGCUUGUGUACCUAGGCGAUCCCUGCGUAUCUGAGUGAAGCAACUCUGUAUCCAGCAUCCACCGCAUGAGCGUGCGCAUAUCAUGUAUCCAGCAUCCACCACAUGAGCGUGCGCAUAUCAUGGACUUGCUUUGCCGGCAGGCUUUAGGGCCGGGCUCUCAAGUGGCGGGGGUCUUUGUGUCGUGUGAUGUUUUAUGUUGUCGACUGCAAGUAGAUUGAACUAUUUACUGUGUGCAUGAGCUGUAUUUUUAUGAACCUCUCUUGUUUUGUAAGGCCAGGCUUCCCCAUGUAUGUGUACCUGUUGUAUUCUUCCCUACUUUUCUGCUUUGGAUACUUACUUGGGUAACGGGUGCAUGUUUACAUGUGCUGUCUAGAUUUCUGUAUGUACAUGUUUGUGUCCAAAUAAAUGCAAUGUUGGUAUGCUUC